AACAAAAAACAAAAACACCUUUUGUAGGUGGAAAUAAACUUUCUGUGUUGACUCAUUUCCAAUAGGCCUUUUAUUAAUAAAGAUGCAAUGAUUGCAUCUCAGCUCUUCAUCACACUUAUUUUCCAUUUAACAGAUAAACAUCAGCUUUCUGUUAAAACCACAGCACAAUCUAACGACACAGAUGCACAAAAUGCAAAUUUCAGUAUUUGAUUUGGGUCUUGAUGUUAUACAAGUCCAUGUUUGGUGUGCCUCCAGGCUUACUGGCUGGUUAUUAAACUAAUUCAUUGGCAGUUGUUUUUGUCCUUUAAUAUCUUUUUUCUUCUUUUUUUAAUCAUUUGGUCUAUUACAUUUUAAAUUGGUAAACACACUUUAAAGGAGCAACCAGACAGACACCAAUUUUCAGCAACAAUGCAGCCAGAGUCAUAGAAAAAUAACUAAAUUGAGGGGCUUAAAGCAAGAACGGACAACAUGAAGUGGGGACUAAUUUUCGACAACUAUUCGUUAACAACCAAACAUCAAGGUGUGUCCUCACUUUAAAGCUGGUUGCUAGUGGGUAUUCCAGGCUCUGGUUGUCGAGGUAACCCACUAAAGUAUUUACUAACCUGCGAUAAUAUCAAUCAUUGAUAUCCUGUGCUCUCAUUGGAAGUCUCUCAAAUCGCUCACCUGAAAGUUGAGAAAAGUUUGUGUCUUCCCACUUUAUGCUGCCAAAGUUGUUGCUCGAAGAAAAAAGUUUCAUUUUUAAAAAAUAAUGAAAGAAAAAGAAAAAACAGUAGCAAAAUUUCAUUGAUAUUCACUGGUCACUGGUUGGAAAAUCACUUUAGCUACAAAACGAUGUGUCAGUUGAUUGACUUGCUUGUUGAAACAAUAUUCAGAUUAUGAAAAUAAUGAAAACAAAGGUGGCUGAUAGCCUGGUUAAUAAAGCAGGGUGCAUGAGAGAAGAGUUCGCUGUGUGAAUUUAUUAAUUUUUUUAUAUGUAUACAAAAUACACUAUAAUAGAUUUUCUUAUAUUACUGGCUUUUCUUGUAUUAAACCCCCAUACUGAAGAAAAUAAUAAAGCAAAAUAAUGGUUGGCUAAACUGGGCUCACAAACCCAGUGGAACCUGAAACACUUUGCUGGAGUAUUUGCCUUGUGCUUGAAAGUUUACAGUUUUCCUCCUUGUGUCGUUUUCAGUUUACCUUCACCUAUGGAUCCGUUUGCAGCUCACAGGCAGCAGAUGAGGAGUCUGUUUGGACCAUUUGGGAUGGAGCCUUUCCCUCUUGCUCCUCAGAUGCAGCCACAUCGUGCAUCACGCAGACAGGCUGGCCCUCUGGCUCCUUUUGGCAUGAUGGGAAUGGGUGGAGGGUUCAUGGAUAUGUUUGGCAUGAUGGGAGAAAUGAUGGGAAACGUGGACAGAAUGUCUGGUUCACCAAACUGUCAGACGUUUUCCUCCUCAACAGUGAUCUCAUAUUCGUCAACAGACCCAGGGGCUCCUAAAGUUUAUCAGCAGACCAGUGAAACAAGGACGGGCCCAGGGGGGAUCCGUGAGACGCGGCAGUCGGUGAGGGACAGCGAGAGCGGCCUGGAGGGUCUUGCCAUUGGCCACCACAUUGGAGACCGUGCACACAUAAUGGCGCGUUCACGAAAUCGCCGCACUGGAGACUGUGAAGAACGGCAAGACUACAUUAACCUGGAUGAGAGUGAGGGUCCAGCAUUUGACGAGGAGUGGAGAAGAGAAGCAGGAAGAUACGCUCCCCCGAAUGCUCGUGGGUUGGACUACGGCCGCGAUCGACGAGGAGGCGGCCAGCAGCUCGCUCUUACCGCUCCUCCCAGUUCAACGUCCCCACCAGGUCAUCGGCACGAGUCCCCCAGACACCGUCAGCCCCAAACCCGCCCACGUUACGACUGGUGAGAAGGUGUUCCGUAUAACAAUGCGACCAGAUUGAAGGAGUUGAGGAUUUCCCCGAUGCUGUGAACCACGAUGAGGACGGGAAGUUGAUGCCCGCCAUAAAUGUUUGAUAUGACUGGACUGUCUUUACAUGAACAACAUAUUAUACACACACACACACACACACACACA